UCCGGUGUGUGAGUUGUCAACAAACCUGCAAAUGAGACAUUUGGAGGAUGAAACCAUCAUGGCUCCUUUUCAUAAAAAAGAAUCUCUGACAAGAAAGGCACCUGCCAGCAGUCCUCCAAAUGUGUGUGGUUUGAUGUUGAUUGGGGUCCUCACAUUCCUCUGUGAAUGGAACACCGCAGACACAAUAGACGUGGAGCCGCAGAAGGAAGUGUACAUUCCCGACUAUUCCAUCUAUCACAACUUGACUUCCAUACAAAAAGAUGUUCAGCAGCUGCUUUUUCGGUACCCCAACUUCAUGAAGAUUGACUGGAAGUACAACUCAAGGCUGGGCAAACCACAGAUGCUUCUCCACAUCACCAACUUCACACUGAACACAGACCCCGACCAGAAGGUUGGAAGAAAGGUCAAAAUGUUGCUAUCAUACGGUGAGCAUGCGCGAGAAUUCUUCCCAGUUGAAAGUAUGUUCCAUCUGUUGAGGAACCUCACCGGUGGACUUGGGUCAACACCUGGUAGUUAUGAGGAAGUGUAUUCCAGACAUGUACUGUCCAGCACUGACCUACACAUCAUAGUGAUGGCUAACCCAGAUGGACGUGUGCAUGUCGAACACUCCCACAAUUACUGUUGGAGGGGAACAAGCACUGGUGUUGAUCUCAAUAGGAACUUUGACUGGGAGUAUGCAAAGAAGGGGAGCUCGGCUGAUCCUAAUGAUGAGGAAUAUAGAGGACCCCAUGCUUUCUCAGAACCUGAAUGCACUGUAUACAAACACCUGACUCAGGAACUGCACUUUGAUCUCUUCAUUUCGUUUCACUCAGGGAUUAGACAAAUCUAUUUACCUUUUGCUGAUACUCAUUCCCACAACAUCAACAGACAACCAGCCAACAUACGGAGCAUCAAGGAGUUAGCGGCACGCCUCGCCUCCUCAACCAGACACAGAUACCAGUAUGGGAAGGCAAUGGAUCUCACUUUCUACACAGCAGAUGGGACGUCCUUCGACUACAUGGCAGGACACAGGAAGAUUCCCUUUUCUUUAGCUAUAGAGCUAUGGGGCAGUGCAACACAUGUUGGAGCCAGCUGCUUCGACCAGUUCAACCCUCGGAGUGAAGACUUGAAGCAUGAAACGGCGGAAAUCCAUCCUCUGUACAUUGCGCUGUUCGACUACAUGAUCCACUGGAAACACAGGAGAUCCAACAAGCCCACAGACACCCUGAUCACAAAACAACAUCUUCAACCUCUACAGGGGCCCACACCAUCACACACAUUUGGCUAUCUAUUGAUGGCAACAGUGGUCAUAGUGAUCAUUAUUCUGGCAUUCCAAGGACGUCUUCUGUUUUGUCAGCGAUGGCAACAUCGAAGACGCAUCAUCAGCUUGAAGACUCUGAGUUCUACCCUGUCUCUGUGGGGGUUUGUCAAGUCCAUUUGAAACAUGCAUUUAAACAUCUUUCUUCCAUCAACAUUCUGUGUGAUAUUCAAUUGUCUGACACUGGUUUCAGUUUGAAUCAGAAAACAGUACCUGGUUAAUUUUGUUGUAGAAAUGCCAGAACUUUUUCUGUUCACGGAGUCAUGCAUUUUAUGUUAUCAAAGAUAAUGACAAGCUUUCAAAGAUGCUUUCAUUUGGGUAGAUUAUGUUGAGUGCAGUGUAAAUAUAUUGCAUAAUUCCAUUUUGCAGCUUCCAUUCCGUAGAGAGCUUAUGCAUGAUCUGUGUUCUUCAUCCAAUGACAAUGAUCUCUGAACUUUCAAAUAUAUGAUUUCAAUCAUACAUGUUCUGCAGGGAUGCAGAUUCACCUGAACCAUUUACUUGCCUCAAUAGUAAUAACAUUAGGCUAAAAAAAUAAUAGUCUUGGUUCUCAGGCACCGCCCACAUCAUCAUAAAGUCCACCGCUUGUUUCAUUUCUAUUUCCAUUUUCAAAAAAUAUGAAAAUCCUAAUACUUAAAAACAAUGUGAUCCAAUGUAGCACACAGUUACUUCCCUUUACAUGUGCACUGUUUUGCUGCGCAUCUCGUGUUUUGGUCAUGGCGGCAAUAGGAGUUUAUAUGCUUGUUUAUGUAGGGAGGCCCUGUCCCAGGUUGAUGGUACACAACUGUUUAUUUGGUUGCAUACUAGUUUCAACAAGCAACAACAACAACAAAAAAACGCCUGCAUUGUAUUUUCAAAAGUCGUCUGAGAACCAAUUCUUUUAUUUUUUUAAGCCUAAGGACAUUCUUCUGAAAAGAGAAAUUCAAGCCCACGUAAACAUCAUUAAACAUAUAGACUGUUGUUAGAUGCCUAGUGCCAAGUAGCACCCGUUUUCAUCAUGGUAUUUGUCUUACCAGACGUGAUAUUUGACUUUCCAUAGUAAGUACCAAAGACAGGCAUUCCACGGGUUCGUGUUUCUGUUUCCAGAAGCAUUGAUUCUAGACAUGUUUUGCUUGGACAUGGAUUUUGUUCGUUUUGUGUUUGUCAAGUUUGUAAAUGUGAUUAUUUACAUGAUAUUCCAUUAAUUCUUAAAUUUUACAAAAUGAUUUUAUUUUUAAACAUAUAUUUUGAAGUACACAAGUUGUUAUAAAACUGGUAUUUACAAGGGAAAAGUGUAGUAAUUAUAAUAAUAUUCUAAUAAACAUUGACGAAGCAUACAAGCAUACAAAUGUCAAGGUCUUAGUUCUGUAUCUUGGAUACUGUUGGCAAGUUCCCUGAUAUUUAAUGUUUUAAGCGUAAUUAUUGAUGACAAGUAUAUUCCCAAAUUUGAAAUAAUUUGAUUGUAAUCAUUAUCAUGUUGGCAAACAUCUGUACCAAAUAUUGAUGGUAUCCUACCUCAGAAGUUGAACCUGUUUCAAAACAGUUGUCGAAGCUGUUAUUUUGGUGACAUUGAUUUCAGACGCCCUUUUGUGGUGUUUUUCAAGCUUAUAUGCCAUUUCUAGUGAAUAGUAAGAUUUGAUUAAGUAAUAUCCAUGAUAUUGGAGCUUAAAUCCAGUUAUGUAAUGGUUUAUUUCAGUUUCCCAGUGUUAUUUAUCAGUAUUAACCAAGAUAUUUGGGAUCUUCAAGAUCAGGGCAUUAUAUUACACUAUUACAUUAUUCGUUGUCUUGGUGAUUGUAUGCUUCUCAGAUUAAGUGUUUCCUUGUUCGGUUUCAUGAACCAGAGCUUUCCAGAGUUGUAUUUAUUUACAGAUUCCGAUUUUCCGUGUUUUAUCAGAGUAUAUGACGUCAUGAUUUAGAAUCAAAACGUUAUAGCAUGUAUCUGUAUGUGCUUUUCUGUGCUGAAACAAGGCAAACAACGAAACAGCAGCUUGAUCAAACAGCCCAACCUCAUUACACUCACAUCACUCUGAUAUCUGUAGGAAGAUCUGACGACAGUUCCAUAAGGAGGCGUGGUUCUUGUGUCAAUCAGAUGUCAGCUUUUUUGAAUAAUUGAACUUCAUUUCUUUACCAUGUGGAUUCGCAAGUUGGAUAUUUGACAAAAGAAAACCCACACAGUAGAUACACUCAUUUGGGUGUAGGUGUCAUGGCGUUCAGAAACGACAGGGUGUAUACAAUAUCCACUACAAUAUACUGGCGUGGCUUUAAUUAUUUCCAUUAGGAACUGUCCGUUUAAGUUUGUUUUCAAGAUACCGAAAUCAGAUAUGUUUGAAUCUUUGCUUACUUUUACUGAGAAUGUAGAAGCCAAGACACUGAUUGGCUGAUUAGACAGUGUUAGAAAGUCACUGGGCACACCCUCUUGUGGUGGUGUCCUCCGAUCUUCAUGCAGACAGUAUCAUAUCGGAGUAAACUAUCCGAUUUUAUGGAGAUGGUCAAACACCACAUCUUGUGCUGUACACGUGUUAUGAAGGUCAUGUGAUAGCAUUUGUUUCUUUGUGAAGGCCAUUACAAAGAUGAGUCUGAGCUUCCUAUUACCAUGGUUACCAUAGUGAAAUUAUGUGUGUAAUUGUGUGAUAUAUUACUUGUUGAGUCAUGUAGAUACGAUCAGCCAAGCAUUUAUGUAGUUAAGAGAAGUCAUCAUUUGUAGGUAAAGAAUUUAUCGCUCAUGUUAAAAGACAAAAUGCGGAAAUCAUUGAUGAACCUUUAUGAAAGUUGUUAAAGAUACUUAUUGCAUUGUGGCUUUAUAUUUCACUUUCCCAUUAACCCUUCCAGAAUAAGUGAGUGAGUAAGUAUGGUUUUACGCCGCUUUUAGCAAUAUUCCAGCAAUAUCACAGCAGGGGACACCAGAAAGGGGUUUCACACAUUGUACCCAUGUAAAGAAUCGAACCUGGGUCUUCGGCAUGACGAGCGAACGCUUUAACCACUAGGCUACCCGACGUCCCCCUUCCAGAGCAAAGUUGGUGGGGAAUUUGCAUAUGAGUUUUAAUCAUCUCUGAUUAUUUUGAGAAUGUCCAUUUAAUAUGGCUUUGCAAAUUAAUUAAAGAAUGUUGGUUUUUUUUGGCAGACCUACCAACCCUUUAACCAUAAAUGUAUUGCCCUAGAGGACAGACUGUUACAUUCUCUGCCAAACAGGGAUUAAUGAAUCUAUGGCUUAGCUUUAAACGUAGAUCUAUAGUAUCUAUAUAAUUCAACAAUUUUACUGCUUUUUGUUGCAUAAAAGAAGAUAUGAUGUUAUUGGUGCAGAUGAUUUUAGUUUGUAGCUGUUAUUGAUACAUUAGCAUUUUUUAUGCAUUAUGUUUAAAUGAACCUCCUAUAUUUAUACCUUUCUUUGAUGGUAGUCAAUGUAUAGAACUGCUCUGUUGCAUAAUUGGCCAGUUGGUGCUUGAAGCAUUUGUUACGGGGAGGGGGCUCAGUUUUAAAUGUGAUGUUUUCAUCCUAAUUCGCCUCUUGAUUUAGAGGCUUGUUUCUUUGUUGAUACUGUUUAUUCGACAAGUAUGUCAGAAUUCUUGUAUAAUAAUGCUUUUUGAGGGUAGUGGAAAUGUUUUCUGUAUAUCCCAAUGUUGAGUGUUUGUUGAGUUAUACCAAUGCCAGAGUCUGUCAUCUUCACAAGACAAGGGAGUGACUAUAAAAGUCCAGUUUCCACCCUUGACGAACUACGCUGGAAUUAUGGAGUUAUUUUGGCUAAGCUAAUGAGUCUAUGCAUAGUCCGAUCCAAAUCGCAUAACAAAAUCAACAUCCGGUUUGUCAACUGCUGUGCAGAUUUCGGUCAAUUGCAGGAUGUGCAAAGCUGCCAAUUCGGUGUCAAGGGAUAUAUUCCAAAUCCCAUCAUCUUUUUAAAUAAGGUGCUCACAUGAUUUGCACUUCACGAAGUAAGACCUGUUUUAUCACAAUAUGGAUUUGGAUUAUCUAUCAGAUAAUUGUCACCGUUUUGUUUGAAGCAUUUUGUUUGAAGCAAAUGCAAGUGAUAUGAGAGGUGGAAUCUGAUUGUUCAAUGGGACAGACAUAGAAGGGACAUAACUCAUAAUAGCCAUGGGUAGUCAUACAAUCAGGCCUAGAAAAUCCAGCCUAGUUCGGCAAGGGUGGAAACUGGACUUUUAAAGUCAGUUAAUUCCCUUGCCUCAGGAAGAUGGAGUCUGUGGUCAGACACUAUUCAGGCUACACAAUACAUCUCAUGAGAGAUCUGUCUCUUGCAAUGCUUCCUCCAUGAAGUAUUAGACAUGAUGGCGCUGUUAUCUCCUUUGUAGCCCAAGUUUGUCGGAUGGUAUGCUCUUAUUAUAACAUAUGCCAAGAGGGAUGAAAACAGUCAUGUGUUUUCUCCAGCAGACAGCAUGGUGUUCGUAAUACAGUAUGACUGUAUGUUAAGAACAGUAUUAUUGGGUAGGCCAGUAGUCUCCAACUGUAGCUGUCUCAUGGUAACAGGGUUUGUGGACAACACACUAUACAAACUAACACCAGGGGUAAUCAUUCCUCAAACUCAGAAAUCUGGAAGAUGUAGGGGAAACAUGGUACAUGUGUUUCCCUAUGAAUUAUAGUUUGUUAUGAUGUUCUUUGCUAUAAAGAACAUAUCUUUUACACUAGGUAAAUUUAAGAUAAAGUAAACUAAUGUAUUGUAUGAUAUGAUGUAGCUUAUUCAACGUAAUAAGCACCCCGGGCGCGCUCAAAAUUAGAAAUAGGGGUCUCUUAUUAGAAUAUAAUCUUGGUGAAAAAAGACAGAUUUGAAUGAUCGUAAAUUUUGUGGUUUAUGCUGACAGCCUAAAAUGAUACAAAAGAAAAGUCUGUGCGUAUUAUACACGACAGAUAUAUUUUCCAGAAUUUAAUUGCCCAUAAUGAAGGGUGCAUAUAACACA